CAGUGCAUUUCACCGAGUUUUUAAAAGCGCUGGGUAAGGGUUGCUCGCCUGCUCGCCCAUUCUCCUUCCCAAAACUUUCGGAGAUCUCCACAAAUCUCGUGAUGAUGGCGCACGCUCUAGGAUCUAUGGCACCCGUCUCUGCAUCAAUCAUGCCAGAUGCAUCGUUGAGGAAGACCGGAUUGAAGGUUCAAAAUAGGCUUUCCUUUGACAAUAAAUUAUGGAUGCCAUUACCAUCAGUAAACUUGAAAAGGCGACAAACACCCACGCAAUAUCAGUGCAAAGUUGUAGCUAUGUCUGUCCAACAAACUGCCAAAAACAAAGUUCCAGUUCAGCCCUUGGAACUUGAUAAUGCUAAAGAGCCGCCUCUUAAUUUAUACAAGCCCAAGGAACCAUAUACAGCAACAAUUGUCUCAGUUGAGAGGCUGGUGGGUUCAAAUGCACCUGGCGAGACAUGCCAUAUUGUGAUUGAUCAUGGAGGCAACGUGCCUUAUUGGGAAGGUCAAAGCUAUGGUGUUAUUCCUCCUGGUGAGAACCCAAAGAAGCCAGGGAAUCCCAACAAUGUCCGUCUCUACUCAAUUGCAUCAACUAGAUAUGGUGACUCAUUUGAUGGAAAGACAGCCAGUUUAUGUGUCAGACGUGCUGUCUAUUAUGAUCCUGAGACUGGAAAGGAGGACCCUUCAAAGAAGGGUGUCUGCAGCAAUUUUCUCUGUGACUCAAAGCCAGGUGACAAGAUUCAGCUAACAGGUCCCUCUGGUAAAAUCAUGCUGCUGCCAGAAGAUAACCCAAAUGCAACUCAUAUCAUGAUUGCCACCGGGACUGGAAUUGCUCCAUUCCGUGGAUACCUUCGCCGCAUGUUCAUGGAGGAUGUGACUUCCUCAUAUAAGUUUGGCGGUCUCUCAUGGCUUUUCUUAGGGGUUGCGAACACAGACAGCCUUCUCUAUGAUGACGAGUUCAACAACUAUCUAAAAAACUACCCCGAUAACUUCAGAUAUGACAAAGCACUCAGCAGGGAGCAGAAGAACAAGAGCGGCGGAAAGAUGUAUGUUCAAGACAAGAUCGAGGAAUAUAGUGAUGAAAUCUUCAAGCUUUUAGACGAAGGCGCACACAUCUACUUCUGUGGCUUGAAAGGAAUGAUGCCUGGGAUUCAAGAUACUCUAAAGAGAGUUGCCGAGCAGAGGGGAGAGAGCUGGGAUGCCAAGCUCUCCCAGCUGAAGAAGAACAAACAAUGGCACGUUGAGGUCUACUAGGCAAAGUUAAAUAAAUUCUCAUUGUCGCUGAUAAAAUACAUCGUCUUUAGGAGCGUAGUUUCUUUAUUGUGUUUUUCUCGUUCGCUAUCUGUCAAAUGUUGUGUUUCUGUCACUAAAUAGGAACACAAAUUCAUCUAUUAGCAGAUUAUUACUAUUUUUUUUUUCAGAUUUAUGAGAGAAACUCUGAUGUGGAAAGAAAUAAGAUCUAAAAGUUGCUAAACAAACAUUGUGUCCUCAAAUGUUAUUUGGUGGAUCAGAUUGUACUUAAAUCUUUUAGUGAAUUCUUGUAUUCUGAUUAAUCAGAGACACUAAAUUUGUCAAUUGGCAA